AUGGAUACAAGGAACACAAUUGUUCGCACUACGACGGUUCGACGAUGUGGAAACAGCCACUGUGGAAACGGCGUAGCGGGCGAUUUAUUAGCUAUUGUUGUAGGGUGGUCCGACAACGUUCAUAAACGCCGUGAAAAUAAAAACCAUCACCCAAAACGAGUUCCUCAAGCGAGGUUCACGUCUCGAGAAAUCUUCUCUCCGCUGAAGAUGGUCGUACUGGGUGGUUCAAAAAGCGAACUUUCUCCACGUUAG